AUGGCGUCCGCUUCGGCUCAAUCCGCGGCCCUGAGCGCCGAGCAGGCCAAGGUGGUCCUGGCCGAGGUGAUCCAGGCGUUCUCGGCGCCGGAGAAUGCCGUUCGCAUGGACGAAGCUCGGGACAACGCGUGCAACGACAUGGGCAAAAUGCUGCAAUUCGUGCUGCCCGUGGCCACGCAGAUUCAGCAGGAGGUUAUUAAAGCCUACGGCUUCAGCUGCGACGGGGAAGGUGUUCUUAAGUUUGCCCGCCUUGUCAAGUCUUACGAAGCCCAGGAUCCCGAGAUUGCCAGCCUGUCCGGGAAGCUGAAGGCUCUGUUCCUGCCGCCCAUGACCUUGCCACCCCAUGGGCCUGCUUCGGGUGGCAGCGUGGCCGCCUCCUGA